AUGAUAUUUGAUCUCUAACCACCAUCUCCUUCAUUAUCUCCUAAUUCUAAAACUAGAUUUUAUUAGGAACAACUCGAUAAGGCUCAUGAGAUUAUUGAUCAAUUAGAAUAUCUACUUUAAGAAAAAGAGCAUCAAAAAAAAUUUCAUUAGACGACUUACAACAAUAUACAAAUUCCAACUCUUUAAUUGAAUACAAAAUUAUCAGAUAUAAUUGGUGAAAGAUCUAAGAGUUAUGUGACAACACCCUUAUAAUAUUCUACACCAAGAGAUAGAAGGGCAAGAUUGUCAAUGGGAGGUUAAACAUCAGCAAGAUUUGUAGAUGAAAUGAAAAGUAGGCAUUCAGAACUCAUAUUAUAAUAUAAGGAAGAUAAUAUAUAGAGAGAGUAAAAAAAUAAAGAAUUAAAUGAUCAAAUUUAAGAAUUAAAAUCAGAAUUGUUAUAUUGCUAAGAAAAACAAUCUAUUACAAAAAAAGAAAAAAAAUAAACAGAGCAGAAAUUAGAGAUUUUGGAUAAUCAAAUAUAAAAUAUUCAAAUGUAAUUAUUACUAUCUAAAGAGAAAGGAUAGUAAAUAUAAUAAAAGAUCAAAGAAAUUAAUUAAAUAGAUAAUAAAAUAAAGGAAGAAUAAGAAGAAUUAGAAAAUAAUAAAGUAUAAUAGUACAAUCAAAUAUCAGAAUAAGAUAAAUAACAAUUAUAAGAAUAAACACUUAAUUCUUAAGUAUAAUAGAAAAUAUAAAAUAAAAGCAGUAAUAAAAAAUUAUUAGGUUCUUUGUAAAAAGAGAUUUAAUUAUUGGAAAAUAAGAAAUAAGAACUUUACAAUUAAACAACAAUCUCUAAAUUUGAAGAAAAGUAGAUUGAAGUUAAAGAAGAUCAUUUUAAUGAUUAAUAAAAUUUAGUUGUAAAUAAUAUUAGUAAUAUAGAUUGAGGUUCCGUAAAAUCAAAAUAUUGUAUUACCAUCAGAAUCUGGAGAUUAAGUGAAUACAUUUACAGAAGAAGAUAUCCAUUCUAUUAAAUCUUUUAGAGUUAAGGGACAUAGAAAAAAUAGAAGUUGUGAAUCAUGUUAAAUCUUCUGA